AGCUGCUUCGCGUUUUAUCUAUAAAGUUAAUGCUGUCUGGAAAGGUGCUUCGUCGCGGGCUGCAGCGCGCGCAGAGGGCACCGCGACCGAUGCGUAGCUUUGCGGCCGUCGUAGAUGAUGUGGAUGACGAUAUGCCGGCGGUCUCGUGCCGCCGAGAAGCGAAAGGGCCGGAUUGUUGGAAAUGUCACCACGCAACGGACUGCUGCUCCUUCUUCUGCAAAUCGUGCAACGCCAUCCAGCCGAUCGACAAGGGCUGCCACUGCGACUAUUUCGAGAUGUUCAAAGUUCCUAAGAACUUUAAUCUGGAGCAACGCAGCAUCGAGAAGACGUACUGGAACUUGCAGAAGCGUCUGCACCCGGAUCUGUAUGGAUCUAAGUCUGAGUUUGAAAAAGAGCUUUCUGCUGUAAAUGCCGCUGUCAUUAAUGAUGCAUACAAAAUGCUGAAGAAGCCCAACACGCGCGUCAAGUACUUGCUGGCAUUGCACGGAAUCGAUGCACUCGGUGAGACUGCGAGCACGGCCGUAGAUCCCGAAUUGCUGAUGCAGACGAUGGAGAUCAGAGAACGCAUUGCCGAAGCGCUAGAUGUGGAUACGUUGCACGAAAUCCGCAAGGAAGUCUCAGAGCACAUCGAUACCAUCAUCAACAAGCUGGGUGAAGUAUACGACAAAGAUCAGGACCUCGAAUCCACGAAGCAAUACGCCGUCGAGCUCCAGUACAUGGUCAAGUGCGCAGAAGAAAUCGACGUGAGGGAAGAAAAGCUGGACGGGUACUACAUGUAG